AUGCCAAAAAUGAAGCAACUCUUUCUUCUUUCCCAUCUCCUUCAUUCCAUAACUUUCACUGCAUAUCCUUUUGAUUAAGAGAAGCUGCAUCGCAAUUUCGCCCCCUCCACUUUGUCCUUUUCUCUGUCUGCACUUUACAACUUUGCAAACAAAGUUUUUUCCCCCACUAUAAAAUCUGCUUAAUUUACCCAUUUUUGGGGAUCGGAGAUCCAACCUCCCCAUGGCAAGUGCUAGCAUUUCCAAGCCCCCCAGAUGGUUCAACAAAUCCUUAAAAUUGAGCCUCCCUCGCCGCCGUUCAAAGCGAAAAUCCCCAACCCCAUCCCCUGUUCUUUCACCAAAAGAAGCUGAGCUUCAGGAGGUUUUCCGUCGCUUCGACAGUGACGGUGACGGGAAGAUCUCUUGCUCCGAACUCACUACUUACUUCGUCUCUAUAGGGGAGUCCAUAUCGUGCGCGGAAGCUCAAAGCGUCAUUGGAGAAUUCGACGACAAUGGCGACGGUCUGUUGGAAUUCAGGGAUUUCAUCAAGAUGGUGGAAGGAGGUAGCGACGUUGAUGAUGAUCUGAGGGGGGCUUUCGAGAUGUUUGAGGCGGAGAAGGGGUGUGGGUGCAUUACGCCCAGAGGAUUGCAGAAAAUGUUUAAUCGGCUGGGAGAGGUGAGAUCCGACGAAGAAUGUGUCGCCAUGAUUCGAGUGUUUGAUCUUGAUGGAAAUGGAGUUCUCGAUUUCCAUGAGUUUCAGCAAAUGAUGAAAGGUGAUCGAUCAGCCUGAUUUAUCUACGUGCCAUUGCUGAAUUAUUAUUACUAAAGACGUAGCUUUCUUCCCUAAUUUAUGUUUUUUUAAUCUGAUUUUCUAACCGACGUUGGAUU